AUGGCAACUGAUCAAGAACCUAUCAUCACCGACAGAAAAACUGCCGACACCGCUCCCGCGAAUGACGGCGAAAUGGAGCAAUCCCAGCGCGGCGACAACCGACAAAAUGGCCGAGGCGGCGGCCGGAGGGAGAAGAACCUGUCAAGAUCAAAACGCAAGAACUUCUCCACGAGGGAGCGCACGCAGGACGGCUGGGGCAAGCAGAAGCGAAGGCGGCUCGACGAACACGGCAACACGCUGCCCGGGCGCGACGGCGAGCCCGCGCAGCCGUCGCACAUGAGCAUCCCCUUCUCCGCCGAGGAGAUCGCCGCCGAGGAGCGCCGGCCGAAGCGCAAGGUCGCCGUGCUGGUCGGCUACGCCGGCACGGGCUACAAGGGCAUGCAGAUCAACCACCAGGACAAGACGAUCGAGGGCGACCUGUUCGCGGCCUUUGUCGCCGCGGGCGCCAUCUCCAAGGCCAACGCCAACGACCCGAAGAAGUCGAGCCUCGUGCGCUGCGCGCGGACGGACAAGGGCGUGCACGCGGCGGGCAACGUCAUCUCGCUCAAGCUCAUCAUCGAGGACGAGGGCGUCGUGCAGAAGAUCAACGACAACCUGCCCGAGCAGAUCCGCGUGUGGGGCAUGCAGCGCACCAACAACUCGUUCAGCUGCUACCAGGCCUGCGACUCGCGGUGGUACGAGUACCUGCUGCCGACGUACUCGCUGCUGCCGCCGCACCCCAGCAGCUACCUGGGCAAGCAGAUGGAGGAGUCGGCCAGGGAGCGGGGCGUGUACGACGAGAUGAUGGAGCGCCUGGGCGAGGUGAGGGACUACUGGAGCGAGGUGGACAAGAACGAGAUCGUGCCCAUCCUGGAGCGGCUGGACCCGGACGUCAGGGCGGAGGUGCUGGGCAAGAUGCACUCGUCGGCGGAGUUUAUAGAGAGAGGAUGGAAGAGGCUGGACGAUAUCGAGCAUCCGAGGACGAAGCCCGCAAAGACUGAGACCGAGACGUCGAAUACGACUAAGGCGCCUAGCUCAACGGAGGAAGCCGCCCCCGCAGACGACCAGAGCAAACCGAACGAGGAAGGCGAGGAAGCAGAAUCAGCAGAUGCAAAGGCCAAGGCGGAGAAGGAGUUGAGCCCAGCGGAGCAGGCCCUCCGCGAGAUCAAGGCAGCCUACGUCGCCGCCAAGCGGCGGUACCGCAUCACGCCCGCCCGGCGCGAGCAGCUGCAGGCCGCGCUCAACGAGUACGUCGGCACGCGCAACUUCCACAACUACACGGUCGACAAGUCCUUCUCGGACCCUUCCGCCAAGCGGCUCAUCCGCUCGUUCACGGUCAACCCGCAGCCGAUCCAGAUCCGCGACACCGAGUGGCUCUCGCUCAAGGUGCACGGGCAGAGCUUCAUGAUGCAUCAGAUCCGCAAGAUGGUGGCCAUGGCCGUGCUCGUGACGCGCUGCGGCGCGCCGCUCGAGCGCGUGCGCCAGAGCUACGAGGCCAAGCGCAUCAGCAUCCCCAAGGCGCCCGGCCUCGGCCUGCUGCUCGAGAGGCCCGUCUUCGAGCAGUACAACAAGCGCGCGACCAACAACCUCGGCAAGGAGGCGCUGGACUUUGCCAAGUACGACAAGGAGAUUGAGGAGUUCAAGCACAAGCAGAUCUACUCGCGGAUGUGGGACGUCGAGGAGAAGGAGAACGUAUUUCACAUGUUCUUCAAUCAGCUCGACAACUUCAAGACACCGUACUUCCUGUGGGUUACGGCGGCAGGGUUUGAUGCCGCGUACGAGCGGGUUGAGAAGGGCGGCAAGUUGCCCGAGGGGCUCGAGGACGUCGCUGGUGACGAAGGUGGAGAGGUGGACGAGACUGGGUCUUGA